GUGGCGCUGGCGGCGGCGGCGGCGGCGGCUACCACGGCUCAGACACACGCCUUCCCGCCGGCGCGCGCCGGGGUAGAGCGGGCGGCCGGGCGGCCGAGCCACCCGUGGAGCCGCGCGCGGGCCGGGCAGGGCCUCAGGCUCGGCAUGGAGCCCGAGAUGCAGGCGGCGGAGGAGGGGCCCAGCGCGCCCCGCAUCUACAAGCAGCGCGGCCCCUACAGCGUCCUCAAGACGUUCCCCAGCCGGCGGCCGGCGCUGGCCAAGCGCUACGACAGACCCACGCUGCUGGAGCUGCCGCCCGCGCGGCCGUCCCCGCUGCCGCCGCCGCCGCCCUUCGCGCCGCUCGCCGCCGUGCCCAUCAGCAGCAGCGAGCCGCCGCCGCCGCCGUUCCCGACGCAGCCGUCCUACCCGGCCGGCUCAGGCCGGGCCCCCGCCGCCGCCGCCGCCUCGUCGUCGUCGCCGUCCUGCACGCCCGCCGCGCCCCCGAGCCACCCGAGGACUCCGGCGCCGCCCACGGCCCCCGCCGCCUCGUCGUCGUCGUCCUUCGCCGCCGUCGUCAGGUACGGCCCGGGCCCAGCGAGUGGCGCGGGCGGCAGCAGCGCGGGUAGCGACGGCGGCAGCCUGGAGCUCAGUGCAGAAAGCCGUAUGAUCUUGGAUGCCUUUGCCCAGCAGUGCAGUCGUGUUCUUAGUCUCUUAAAUUGUGGAGGAAAACUUCUGGACUCCAACCAUUCUCAAUCCAUGAUUUCUUGCGUCAAGCAGGAAGGCUCUAGUUAUAACGAAAGACAGGACCAGUGUCACAUUGCAAAAGGGGUCCAGAGUCAGACCUCUGACAACAUAGACAUAGAAAUGCAAUAUAUGCAAAGAAAACAACAAACUUCUGCCUUUUUGAGAGUGUUCACUGACUCUCUCCAAAAUUACCUGCUCUCGGGAAGCUUCCCGACUCCAAACACCUCAUCAGUCAGUGAAUAUGGGCACCUGACUGACGUGGACCCACUCUCAACCUCCCCGGUGCAUACACUAGGUGGCUGGACCUCCCCAGCAACGUCUGAGUCCCAUGGUCACCCAUCCUCCUCUACGCUACCAGAGGAGGAGGAAGAGGAAGAAGAGGAAGGCUACUGUCCUCGAUGCCAAGAGCUGGAGCAGGAAGUUAUCUCAUUGCAACAAGAAAAUGAAGAACUCAGAAGGAAACUGGAGAGCAUCCCAGUGCCCUGCCAGACCGUCCUUGAUUACCUAAAGACAGUACUGCUGCACCACAACCAGCUUCUGCCGCAGCCUGCUGACCAGCCCACCGAGGGAAGCAAGCAGCUGUUGAACAACUAUCCUGUCUACAUAACGAGCAAACAGUGGGAUGAGGCUGUAAAUUCUUCCAAGAAAGAUGGGAGACGGCUCCUUCGAUACCUCAUCAGAUUUGUUUUCACAACCGAUGAGCUUAAGUACUCAUGCGGCCUUGGGAAAAGGAAAAGGUCAGUGCAGUCAGGAGAGACAGGUCCCGAAAGACGCCCUCUGGAUCCAGUUAAAGUCACGUGCCUCCGAGAAUUCAUUAGGAUGCACUGUACCUCCAACCCUGAUUGGUGGAUGCCUUCAGAGGAGCAAAUAAACAAAGUGUUCAGCGAUGCUGUGGGUCAUGCCCGACAGGGACGGGCAGUGGGGACUUUCCUGCACAACGGUGGCUCAUUUUAUGAAGGGAUGGAUCACCAGGCUUCCCAAGAUGAGGUCUUCAACAAGAGUUCACAGGAUGGAUCUGGGGACUAGUGGACAGAAUCUUCCCACCUAGCAGUGGUGUUUUUGUGUUUUGUUUAAGAGCUCCAGUUGUGAAUGUCCAUUUCCUUGUUACCUUAGAGUCCAAAGCAUGUUAUUCUGUCGUACUUUACACAUUUUUCAAACUUAAAACUCUUGACCCACUGCCACAGUUCCCAAAAAGAAAUCCACUUUAGGGUUUUCUGGGAAGUCUCUGGAUCCCAAAGUAGUAUUAUAUCACAGAGGAAAGGGUACAGUUGAUAUAAAGUCAUUACUAGGUAUACAUCAGGAGUGCCUCC